GGCACGUGAAUAGAGUGGGUGGGUGUUGCUGGGUUUUCCCGCUGUCCCGACACGCCCCGAGCUUCCUCCCCGAUGACGUUCGGUUUUGCCCCAGAGAAAAAAAGCCCGGCAAAGUCAAUCAACCUUAUCUCUUCUUUCCACCUGUCGCAAGACGCCAGCAUCAACUCAAUUGGGGUCUCGUCCAAUUGCCUAGCCCGGAACCAUAUCCCGUUUGAUGCGCCAGUAAUAACGUUCAACAUAAGCUAUCUCCUACAGCCACGCAAACUCAAUUUCCAACCCCAAAGUGACAAACAUGCGGACAAGCCUUUUCCGCGCCCGGCCAACGAGGGCCCUGGUGGGAGCCGGCCGCGCUGCCGUCCUCGGCAACCAGCGAGCACCUCGCCGUGCCUUUGCCUCGCCGCCCAUCAAGGCCACGUCGCCGCCGUCGCCCAUUGAGCCGUCCCAGGAGCAGGCCCAUCCCAUAGGGCCCUUCUACGAGAGCAUUCUCCGGACUCCGCAGCCGAUCCCGAAGAAGCCCGAGGUCCCACCCGUCACAUCCAAGCGCUCAGACGCCGCCGCGCCCGCCCGCGCCCCUGCACCGGCGCCUGCACCCGCGCCCACGCUCAAAUCUACACCAGCAUCCGCGCCCGCGCCCGAAGAACCCGCGGCUGCCCCGGCCCGGCGCGGGCGCAAGCCCAAGGAAGCCAAGGACGACAGCACCAGCACCAACAAGGCCAAGUCCGUCGCUCCUGACUCCGCAUCACCAUCAUCCUCUUCCACGUCUACUGCCCCCUCAUUGCCCUCCUUGUAUACCUCCUCUUUCUCUCCCUCUUCUUCAUCUUCUCUUCCACCGUCCGCGCCGCCCCUGGCCGCGAGACCGGAAGAGCAAACCCUACUAGACCAAAAAAACCAAGAACAAGAACGUGGCUCUAACGAUACCGACGUACAGGCCCGAGCCCGCGUCGUCUUCGGGUCCAGCCUAGCCGGGCCCGCCGAGCGCGCCGAGCGUCUCGCCGCCAUCCGGUCGCGCAGCCGCCUAGUCGCCGGCGUGCUAGUGCCGCCCCGCCCCGAGGAGCCCGACAACUGCUGCAUGAGCGGCUGCGUCAACUGUGUGUGGGACCGCUACCGCGACGAGAUGGAGGAGUGGGCAGCCGCCCACGCCGAGGCCGAGCGCCGUCUGCGCGCGCAGGAGGCCGGUGGCGCGGCCGUGGGUGCGGCGGCGGCGAGCAUGGCAGCGGCGCACGGCCUAGGGCAGCAGCAGCAGCUCGGGGGUGGCGGCAGUGCGAUGAGCAUGGAUGACGAUGGAGGCGGCUCGGUGGCGAACUGGGGCGGAGGCCCUUCUUCUUUGCCUUCCUCGGCUAGUGGCGGAAACGCCGCCAGCGCGACGGGGGAUUUAAUAUGGGACGAGGAUAUGUACAAACACGUCCCCGUUGGGAUCCGCGAGUUUAUGAAGCAGGAGAAGAGGCUGAAGGAGAAGCAUUUGCGCGAGGGGACUGUAGGCGGGUGAGUUUGCGUCUUGUCUCGCCUCGCCUCUGCCUGGUGGUCCCGCUUCCGCUUGUUGUUUUACUUUUUGUACAUGACCUUUUUCGAUUCAGCAUGCAGCGUAUUCAUAGACUUGGGACGGACGUUUUGACAGGGGAGGUUAUUUGUCAUAGACACAGGCCCACUGGGAAUAGAUGCAGUUUUAGAGAGCCAGCCAUUCAUGCCUACGU